AUGGAUAUUAUUAAUAUAGAUGAAUCUAAUAUAAGACAAAAUCUUGAUGUACCGCUUUUCAACUAUAAAAGUGUUAAUUCAAAUUAUAACAAAUCUACUGAAGGACAAGACGUAGAAUUUUUCAGUUUUGAAGAUGAUUCUCAAGGCAGUAACCAAUUCGAUGAUGAAUCUGUAACAUCCGAUUUGUCAGACACAACAAACGUUGAUGCUAACAAAUAUAUUGAAAGUAAUGAUCUGUUUUCUGAAAAACCAAAGGAUCCCAAGAUAUAUAUCAAGAAUUCUCGUCAGAAGAAUUCUCUUGCAAAUAUGUUUAUAAGAUUCUUCAAUAGAUACUCAAAAUGUACCGAUUAUCCACUACUAAUAACAUUACAAACUGGUAGAGCAUUUAUUGAAAAUCUUAAACUCCCAAACUUUGGUUGGAGAAAAGAAGUUAUCUAUAAGUAUGAAGGGUUAGAAUACGGCCUCGAGUUCAGGACUUGGAAAAACGUAGAACAAAAUAUUCCAAUUAGAGCCUGUGUUAUGCCAAUUAUACUUUACUCGGAUGCUACUCUCUGUGACUAUUUAGGAAAAACAUCAAGACAUUCAGUAUUUAUGACACUUGGAAAUAUUCCUUUAACCCGCCGCAACAAAAUAGAUGCAAAAAUUCUAUUUGGCUAUAUUCCUACUAUGCUUCAACUAUUAAGAUCUCUAAGUAAUACUGAAAACAUAAUCAUCCGGAAUAAGAAUACAACUAAGGCUUCUUUACGUCAAGGUAAUAGCAAGAAAAUUUCUGUUCACCAUAUAAGAAAUGCAUUGUGGAAGCGACCAUACUUUAAUGUUUACACUAUGUGUGUACUAGAUCAUAUACACCAUGCGGAUCUCGGACUUUUCCAGUAUCAGUUAUGGUUUACCGUUGAUCUGUUGAAUUUAAAGUAUGGUGGUGGUCCAACAAAAAUUCUUGAGGAACAUCUUUCUCAAAUUUCUCAUUAUCCAAAUCUUAAGGUCUUCAAAAAUGGGUUUGAGAAAUUUAAUAAGUUAACUGCAUCAGAGUAUCGAGAUUUAAUGAAAAUAACGAUUUUCGCCCUGGACGAAUUAAUACCUGACAGAAAUCUCAAUAAACAAUUCUGGCGAAAUUACUUAUUGCCAUCAAUUUGUCAAUUCGGGUUUCCUAAUGGAUAUACAAGUGAAACAUAUGAAUUAUUACAUAAAUACAAUAUUAAGCAGCCUUAUCGUAUGACAAACAAGUGA